AUGAGGAGCCAGAAGCUCACAGUUGGAAUGCAAUCUUCAGCAUGCCUGAAAGCCCGAAAUUGUCCCACAGCCAGGUUGGUCUCUGCCCAGGAAGUCACUGGCUCCACGUCUGCCAAGACAGCAUGUCUGACUUCUUCAUCACACAAAGCCACAGACAGAAGAACUUCCAAUAAGUUCAAGUAUGGCAAAGGCCAUCUUGUGAAGUCAGAGUUACAGAAACUAGUCCCUAAAAGUGAUGGUGCUUCUUUGCCAGAAGUAACUCCUGAGACCUCUUGUAAAAACGAGCUUGCUGGAGAUGGUGCUUUGCUUACAGGCAGUAAAGCUGGUAUUGCCACACGACAAGAAUCUGCAGCUCUUCCCCUGGGUCACUGCAGAGCUGUGAGUGACCCUUGCUCAGGAAAGACUGAACGUGGCCUGUCCACGCCAAAACACAGUGCCAGAUCUGGAGCAGAAGAUUCUAACAGCAGUGCCACAAUGCAGGAUGAGUCUGCACUAGAGUCAGAGGAAGUCCAGAUGCCCCCACUUCAGAUGGACAACAGCGUCUUUCUAGAUGACUACAGCAAUCAGCCAAUGCCUGUGAGCCGAUUCUUUGGCAAUGUUGAACUCAUGCAGGACCUGCCACCAGCAUCCUCAUCUUGUCCUACAAUGAGCAGACGAGAAUUCUGA